CACUUGCAUAUGUUGUGCUUAGCAGCAGAGCUGAAGAGCAAAGGAGUGCUUGGGGCUGCUAACGCACUGAAACUGCACUUAAUUGACCGAUAAAAUUUGGAAUCUGACUUCUAUAACUUGUGAUUUCCCUCGAACCAGUUAUUUGCACUUGAUUACUAGUUGCUCUGCACUCACUCCUUAGAGAAGACCAGACAUGCCUGCAAGGUGGGAUACCUUCUCUGCUCUCUCUGUCCCACCCCCCAUCUUGGAGGAAGAGCCCCAAUCCCAGUUUUGGGGUGAGGACUGCGCAGAUGUGUCGCAAAGGUGCUCCAGUUUGCCCAGUUCCGACUGCGAAUCUCUCACCAGUAGCAACUCUUAUUCUGAAUGUGAUCUAGAUGCUUGGGAUGAAAUCUCAUUACCAGACUCAGAGCUUCUGAAUGAUCCUGAAGGAGAGCAGCUCUGCCCCAGUCUUCUAAAGCUUAUAAAACGAUGCCUGACCAAAGCUAAAAUCAACUCCCUGAGGUGUUCUAGGCUUCUUAUUCCUGAUGAACUCUUGUGUAAUCUGGGUCAAGAACUUCUACACUUGGCGUACAGUGAACCAUGUGGACUUAGGGGAGCACUUAUUGACUUGUGUGUUGAGCAUGGCAAGGACUGCCACAGUGUGGCCCAGAUCACUGUUGAUCAAGCUGUUGUACCUACUUUCCAGCUUACUGUGCUGCUGAGACUGGACUCCAGGCUGUGGCCUAGAAUACAGGGCCUCUUUAGCACCAAGCCAGUUCCGGGUUCUGGACAAUCUUUGAAACUUAGCCCUGGAUUCAAGGUUCUUAAAAAGAAACUGUAUAGUUCUGAAGAACUUAUUAUAGAGGAAUGCUGAUAUUUCAGUGGCAGAAGUGUGGGGGGCGCUAGUGUUACUUGGUACUGCAAUCAUGAAGGCUUAAAAGUAUUUUAAAAGUUUACUAAAAUGUUUUAUGUUAAAAUAUUUUUUUUUUUUUUUUUACAAAAAAAAAAAUGCUUUUAGAUGGUGUUAGGACACUGUCUGUCUCUGGUUAACCCCUUCACUACAGAGUAAAGAGCGAUGCCUUGUUAAAUGCUCAUUGCCACAGUAGUGAAAUGGUUCUGAUCCAUUUGGGAGAUGGCGGGAUUUUAAAGGAAUACAUUUCACUCUGCUUUUUGAAGAAUAAAUUUUGUAGUGAAUUUAUGCACGUAAAUCAUUGAUAACUGUAUAAAGUGCACUGGUGGCUUUUUUUUUUUUUUUUUUCCUUCUGUACUGUAUCAGCAGCUGGUCUGCACUAAAGGGUGAAUAUGCCCGACCUCUUGAAGAGGGUAAAGUUUUUUUGCAAAACCAAAAAGUAUAAUUUCCCUCUGGGGACCAAGUGUUAUAUUGUUCACAUCGCCUGACUACUGAUGCUAUGGCAGCUAUGUUAUGUGGUGUUAUAAAUUUUUUUUUUUUUCUUCAGAUUCAGGCAGCAGAAUGUUCUAAAGCACUACCCUUUUAUUAAAAAAAAUGUGUCCUAUGUACUCUAAUAUGCUGCUUUAUUAUGGUUUACAGUGAUACACUUGAUGUUCAAGUAAAACUACACACAAUGUGCCUUUUUUACUUUUCUAUUAAAAACAAUGAAAUGUAA